AUUGGAGCACUAAAUAAGGAUAAAUAUAAUGUUAGUUUAUCAGUGACAGCCGCAAACAUGGACGUGAGACUGUUUUUGUGUAUAAAUUUUAUUUUAUUAACAACCUCUGUAACUAUAUAUGUAUCAGCAACAAUUCCAGAAAUAUUAGUAACAUCGGAUACGCCAGAACAAAAAUGCACAAGAAAAUUACAAGCCUGCACCUUGACCUCAAGUGAUGGGGUCACACUGUUUCGAGAUGUGAAAGGAGAAAAAGGAUCGCCUGGCACUGACGGAAGACCUGGAAAUAUUGGACCAAAAGGAGAUCAGGGUACUCCAGGCACUGACGGGACACCUGGAAAUGUUGGACCUAAAGGAGAUCAAGGUACUCCAGGUCGGGACGGGGUGGAUGGAAAACCGGGAUUGAACGGCACCGACGGGAUUCCAGGAAAGGACGGACAAAAAGGAGACCAGGGACCUCCAGGACCCCCGGGGCUGCCAGGUCCAGUGGGACCUCCUGGUUUGGCCGGCAUGCCUGCAAUUUAUCCUUCCAACUUGCCCAAAAAUACUUUUUAUAGUAAUGAAAAAGCUGCAGAGUCAUUUGCCCGUGAAGACGAACCCGCGAAUGUACCUUGCAAAUCAGCCCCUGUUGGUUUUGGGUCUGGUGAGGCCUUCAUGGGCCCAGAAUCUCAAGAGUUCAAAGCCUACUGCAACAUGGAAACCCGAGAAACUUGUGUCCGCAGAGAUAAAAAAACACGUGAGAUUAGCAAUACAGAAGGCAAUGGAACAUACUGGUUGAGUGGAAUGCGGGUCAAUUUGAAAGAUUUAUAUAAUUUAACCACAGAACAAGUGACAUGGCUCCAGCAACACGCAGUUUCAGCGCGGCAGACCAUUAAAUACCAUUGCUUUAACUCAGUGCCUUUUCCCAAAUUCAAUGUGUCUGCAUCGGUUAAACUGUUGACUUGGAAUGAAGCACUCAUUGGACCCUACCCUACGGAUAAAACUCCUUUCUUUUAUUCGGUUCCUACGGCUACGGACCUCUGCAAGGAAGGAGAUAUGGAAUGGAAAAGUUCUAUCAUAGAGUUACAAACUACCAACACAUUUAGACUACCAAUCAUCGAUUUGUGGAUCGGAGAUAUUCGCGACGGAGAUCAACGAAUGUACCUAGAAAGUACAGAACUAUGCUUUGGUUGAAUAUUACAAAAUCUAGGUAUAAUUUUAUCAUUUUACAUUAAAUCAUUAUUUUUCGUAAAAAAUAAAUAGCCAAUGUGAUGCAAAUAGAAAUAUAACAAUGAAGCUUCA